UUGGAGAGCCAGUCAGUGAAGAAAAUAUCGUUGAUCGUCGACAAAGCAGUGAGGUUAAGUCUAAGAUUGCAAGUAAUAUUUAUUACUCAUCCAUGCUCGUUCAUAAUUGAAUUAUAACAAACAAGAAGAGAAAUAGUGAAUUUUGUAGAGUAUGAGCUGUAGUAGAGGCAACGUAGGACGUUCUCGUCCUCAAAAAUACCAGAAUACACAUGCAUUUAAAAACACUCUUCAUGACACAUCGGUUAAAACAAAAAAAAUUAAUAACAUACAGGUUGUGAAUGUUUGUGAGAGAUGUAAGAGCAUUAUUGAAUGGAAAAUCAAGUAUAAAAAGUACAAGCCACUUAAAGCAGCUAGCACGUGUACGAAAUGUCAACAGAAAUGUGUUAAGCAUGCUUAUCACAUAAUGUGUGGACCAUGUGCAGCCACACAUGAGGUUUGCGCAAAAUGCGGUGAGAAGAGAGAAAUUUUUAGGGAAGCUAUGCCAGAGGAAACCCUCAAAUUGGAUAGAGAACUCAGACUUAUUUUGAAGACUUUGCCUGAGAGGAAGAGAAGGACAUUUCUUCGGUACAUGCAUAGAAAAGGCGAGAAGAAGAGUCCUGGUGGAGAUUUGGAGAUAUCUAAAGGAAUAUCGAACGAUGAAGAUGCUGAGAGCAAUCCACAAGGUCAUACUGAAGAGCCUCCGACAUCUCGAGAUGAUUUAUUAGAGAAAUUAAAAUCUUUAAUCGUAUCCAAGGACGAUGACGAUGAGACAUUUGAUAAUUCUGAUGAAUCUGCCGUCGAGGACUCGGACGAUAGUUCGAGUCAUUGAUUUGAAUAAUUCCGAUUUGUUGUAAUUGAUUUUAUUUUUUGUCAAAUGCAUUGGGAGAUAAAAAUAUUUAAUUUCUUUAUGCCCUCGGCUGUUUUUUAUUCUCAUCUGUACGAAAAGAAAAUAAAUUUCUUAACGGUAGGGGAGAAGUUUUCUGGAAUCAA